AUGUCUAAAUCAGUUUUGAUCACCGGCUGCAGCAAGGGAGGAUUUGGGGAGGCCAUGGCCAAAGUCUACCGCGCCAAAGGGUUCCAGGUUUUUGCGACGCUACGCAACAUGACCAAAGUCGGAUCUCUGGCCGAUUGUGACGGGGUUCAGAUCGUUGAACUUGAUGUGACAUCGGCCGAGUGGAUUCGUCAAUGUGCACAGAUUGUUGGGAAACAGACGGGCGGGCGGCUCGAUGUCCUUGUCAAUAACGCCGGUGUGAACGCCAUAGUGCCGCUUCUCGACGCCUCCAUCGACGAGGCGAAGAAGGUCUACGAUACAAAUGUCUGGAGUAUUGUUGCCAUGGUGCAGGCUUUCGCCCCUAUGCUCAUUGAGGCCAACGGAGUGGUGUGCAAUAUCAGUUCUGUGUCUGGCGAAAUGGUUUUUGCAUGGGCGGGUAUCUAUAGUAGCUCUAGAAGUGCUGGCACGCGGAUUUCCGAGACGUUGCGUCUAGAGAUGGCACCUCUAGGUGUACGUGUGGUCACCGUCAUCCUCGGCGGUGUCCAGACCAGCGGAAACGACCCAAACAAUAUCACAGACCUGGAGCUGCCCCCUGGCUCGCAGUACCGAAAGAUAACAGCGAUCAUCGAUCGUCAUAAGAAGACGAUGGUGCAUCCAAACAAGCAGAAUAUCGAGAUCGCAGCAAAGAACGUGGUGGAUGAUGUCCUGAACGGUCGUGGCAUCUUCAUUCGACGGGGCCAGGCGUCGACUCUGAGUUGGCUGUGCAACACCUUUCUUCCCUACCGACUGUUUACUUGGAUGAUUAAUCGGGAGUCGGCUUUGAAUGAAGUUUGA